AGUACUCAACAUUUAUAAGGAUGAAGGAUGCCCUCCUGAAACUAGGUGUGCUGUGAAGCUCCUCCAAUCCGAUUUUUUGGUGAACAACGACCCUGUAUAUGUUGCUGAGAACAAAAAGGAUCUAGCUUUGUUCCUCACAACUGAAGGAGUUCUGCUCCCUGGAGAAAAUGCCGGGACAUUUAAGAUUUCUUUGGUGCACUGGCUGGUCCUUCAGCGAAUAAUUCCUCAUGUGUUUCUGACUUCACCUAAAGUAGAAGUACCCUAUUAUCCUUCCACAGGUACCUUAGACAUUCUUAAGGUCUUGAAACAAGUUGUUUGUGUAUUUGACAGAGAUUAUGAAGUCUCGCAAUAA